GUCAAGCAGAAGCAGAAGCGCUGAAGCAGCGCGUUUGCAGACUGCAAAGACCCCUGUGAAUUUGUGAUGUACUGAGGUGUUGUCCAGCCAACAGUCCUUGCUCCCAAGAUUCUUCCGUACUCCCCCCUCCAUCGGACCAUCCUCUACCAUAGAUCUCCCGAACUCCGCCGUAAUCGGGACGAAUCCCGCGCGUGCUCUUGCUCCCUGUCGUUCUCCGCGGCCGGCGCGAGCUGCCGGUGGUUCGUUGCCGUCGACCUCGUCUGGCCGCUCCUCUGCCCUGCCAGCUGCCGGAUUCCUGCUGCUGGACUGGAUUGCUGCGCGUGGAGUCGUGAGUAUAGCUCCAUCUAUCCUGACUGAUACGGAUCGACCUCUCCUCUCGUGGGUUUUUGGGUUUUCAUCAGUUCUAUCAGAGGAGUGCUUAUGGAUGAUUGCAUGGCUGUAGCUAGCUAGGCCCUGCUUUCCUGUUUGUAAAGAUACAUCAUGGCACCACGCAGUAGGGCUCCAUCUAGAAGGCCUCUCUGGUUCAUUGUCUUGGUUGCCUUUGUCUGUGUAGUAGCCAUUGGAGCCUAUCUUUAUACUCCACAGCAUUACACAGCCUGUUAUCUGGUACCAUCAGAAGCCUGCAAUUCUCGGCCUCCUCCAGAACCUGCUAGGGUAUACACUGAUGAUGAGAUUGCUGCUCGUGUUAUCAUGAGAGACAUCAUUCGGGCUCGGCCAGUGCAGUCAAAGAACACAAAAAUUGCUUUCAUGUUCUUAACACCCAGUUUAUUGCCAUUUGAGAAGCUAUGGGAAAAAUUCUUCAUGGGUCAUGAAGACAGAUACACCAUAUACGUGCAUGCAUCAAGAGAUAUACCGAGUCAUUCAAGUCCAAUAUUCGCUGGCAGGGAUAUUCGAAGCGAAAAGGUGAUAUGGGGCACGAUUUCUAUGCUUGAUGCUGAAAAGAGGCUCUUGGCCCAUGCCCUACAAGAUCCUGAAAACCAGCAUUUUGUCUUGCUUUCUGAGAGUUGUGUGCCACUUCAUAACUUCGAUUAUAUAUAUAGUUAUCUCAUGGAGACAAACGUCAGUUUUGUUGACUGCUUUGAUGAUCCUGGUCCACAUGGAGCAGGUAGAUAUUCUGAGCAUAUGCUACCUGAAAUUGUGAAGAAAGAUUGGAGAAAGGGUGCGCAGUGGUUUACAGUGAAACGGCAGCAUGCGAUUCUUAUUCUCGCGGACACCCUUUACUAUGGGAAGUUCAAGCGUUACUGUAAGCCAGGAAACGAAUGGCAUAACUGCUAUUCAGACGAGCACUACUUGCCAACCCUCUUUAACAUGGUUGAUCCGACUGGAAUCUCGAACUGGUCGGUGACGCAUGUCGACUGGUCCGAAGGGAAGUGGCAUCCCAAAGUCUACAGGGCUGCGGACACAAGCUUCGAUCUGCUCAAGGACAUCGCGUCCAUCGACGAGAGCGUCCACGUUAGCAGCAACGCGAAGCAUGUCGCGCAGAGGAGGCCGUGCGUGUGGAACGGCAUGAAGCGGCCCUGCUACCUGUUCGCGCGCAAGUUCUACCCAGAGGCGCUGGACAACCUGCUGAACAUAUUCUCGAACUUCACCAUCAUCUGAGCGAGCGGUGGAUCGGGGAGGGGUUUCCGUCCUCCCUCUUGAGUGCUGCGGCAUC